CUGGGGAGGAGGUCUUGAGCUCAACGCCUACUUGUCAAAUAGGAGUUUCUCCUUUCGACUGUCAAUUGAAUGUAUAUUGGACGACGUGGACUACAACUUGGAUUGACACAAGAGUAUACUGAGUUUUCCCCGAACUAAAUAAUGGUUUGCUGUUACUCUUGAACAAGCUCUAACAAAAUAGUUGCUAAUUUAGGAAUGCCAUGCUCCUUUUCAACUACUAGUAACAUGCUAGCCAAGUUACUUCGUGAAUUAGCUGUUGUUAGAAACUAGUAGUUAGCAAGUCAGACAACACGUUAUGAUUUGGGAAGACUAGCUAGCAAAAACGUAGCUAACGUUUGCUAGCUAACGAGUUAGAGGACAGCUCAAGCUAGUUGCUCACCCUAAAAAAACGAUUUUAGUUGGUUAAAGUUUUUUUUUUUUUCGCUUGACACCAAGCAACUUGUUGGUGGUGGUUAACUAGUUAGCGCGUGGUUUUUAUAAAGCAGUUUUACAGCCUCUUAUGCUAGCUCGUUGACCUAGCCAACUAGCUAACGUUAAAGACAUGGGAUUACACCCGUUGGAGUUUAGCGAAUGCUACCUGGAUAGUCCCGUUUUCAGGGAGAAAAUAAAGGCACACGAGGCAGAGUUGGACAAAACCAACAGAUUUAUCAAAGAACUCUACAAGGAUGGAAAGAAUCUCAUCAAUGCCACAAAACAGCUUGCGUUGGCCCAGCGCAAGUUUGCCCAGUCCCUGGGAGAAUUCCAGUUUGAGUACAUCGGCGACGCGAAGACCGACGAUGAGAGGUGUAUUGAUGAAUCCUUGCAGGAGUUCUCCAACUUCCUUAAGAACCUGGAAGACCAAAGAGAGCUGAUGAUGAGGAAUAUUACAGAAACGCUAAUGAAACCGCUGGAGAAGUUCAGAAAAGAGCAACUGGGCUCAGCCAAGGCGGAAAGGAAGAAGUAUGAGAAGGAAACUGAGAAGUACUACAGCUCCUUGGAGAAGCUUUUGAACAUGUCAGCAAAGAAGAAGGAACCGCAGCUACAGGAGGCAGACAGCCAGGUGGAGACCAUUAGACAGCACUUCCAGGAGGAGUCUCUGGACUACGUGUGCAAACUGCAGGAGAUCCAGGAGAGGAAGAAGUUUGACUGUGUGGAGCCAAUGCUGGCGUUCUUUCAGACAGUGUUCACCUUCUACCACCAGGGAUUUGAGCUGGCCAAUGACUUUAACCACUACAAGAAAGCCUUACAGAUCAAUAUACAAAAUACACGGAGUCGGUUUGAGGGCACGCGGGUGGAGGUGUUUGAGCUGAUGAAGAGGAUAAGGGAGGUUCCCCAGGAGUACAGACAGACCAGCCCCAUCAGCAGCGAAGGAUACCUCUACGUUCAGGAGAAACGGCCCCCUCCUUUUGGUUCCAGUUGGGUGAAGCGUUACUGCACGUUUGUGAAGGAACAGAAAAUCCUACACAUGGUCACCUUUGACCACAGGUCAGGAGGAAAGAUGGGCGAGACUGAGUCGGUCACCCUCAAGUCUUGUGUCCGCAAAACCACAGACAUGCUGGACAGGCGGUUCUGUCUCGAUAUAGAAAUCACAGACCGACCGGGAACGGUCCUCACGGUCCAGUCGCUGUCGGAAGAUGACCACAAGUUCUGGAUUCACGCCAUGGGUGGGAAAGAACCAGCUGGGCAGUACUUGGGUAAAACCUUUUCAAAAGAACGUGGAAUCGAUGCACAGCUAGAUGACGUAGGAUUGUCAUUUGUGAAGAAUGCCAUCAACGCCAUUGAGGCGAGAGGUAUCAAUGACCAGGGCCUGUACAGAGUGGUGGGGGUCAGCUCCAAAGUCCAGAAGCUCCUUAGCCUAAUGAUCGAUGAGAAGAGUAACGAUGUGGAUCUGUCUACGUGUGAGGACUGGGAUGUGAAAACAAUCACCAGCACGCUAAAGCUGUAUUUGAGGAGUCUUCCUGAGCCACUGAUGACCUAUGGACUCUACAAAGACUUUAUCGCCCCUGCAAAGGGUGGUAGUCCAGAGUCUCGUAGCCAAGCCAUCCACUGCCUGGUCCACAAGCUGCCUGAGAAGAACCGUCUGGUCCUGGGGCUACUGAUGAAACACCUGGCUACUGUGGCGGCCCACAGUAAGUUGAACCUGAUGACGGUGGCCAACCUGGGUGUGGUGUUUGGUCCCACCCUGAUGAGGCCCCAGGAGGAUACUGUGGCUGCCAUCAUGGACCUCAAGUUCCAGAACAUUGUGGUGGAGAUCCUCAUCGAACAACACGAGAAGAUCUUUGGGGAUGUCCCAGGCGCGUCUUCCCCAGGGCUCUCUGCCCCCACCAGGCAGUCCAAGAAACUGUCGGUUCGACAGAACCGACCCCUUGCCGUCUAUAAUCCAAAGACCGUGGACCUGCAGACGGUGUUACCGACAUCACCUGAUGUCUGUUCCAACUCGGAUGAGGCGUCGCUCGGCAGCAACGAGUCGGUGUCGUCCCAGUCGACUGCCUCGGGGACGCCUCCGGAGAAGGCCAACCAUGCUCCCCUUCUCGCCAGCCUCAGCACAGACAGCCCAGGGGCCUGCAUCGCUGUAGCAGCCUCGCGGCUCAACUCUGGAGCCCUGACCAAAACCAGUUCUGAUGGGGACAAGACAGUGGAUGGUGUCACCGGUGGCGGCGGCAAGAGAGCCAUGGCGGUGUACCCGUGCGAGGCCGAGCACGAAUCUGAGUUAUCCUUCCAGGUCGGAGCAAUAUUCAGCGCCGUGGCACCUUCCAGAGAACCUGGCUGGCUGGAAGGAGAGCUGGAGGGGAAGAAAGGCCUCAUCCCUGAAAACUAUGUGGAGAUGCUGUAGUCCAGAACCUUAGCCUGUAUACUCUGUGGAAGACUAGCCUUGUCCCAGAGCUGUUUGUGCUGUAUACCUUUAUAUGGUCAUAGUCAUUACCAAACUGUGGACGUUUGCUAUACAGCAAAACAUUGUUGGGAAGACCGCACAAACAGAUCUUGGAUCAGGCUAGUGGAAGAGGGGUCACGUCAUCCCUGACAAUCUACGUCUAGAUGCUGUAUGCCAAACCCAAGGGUCGCCUGGCCUGCUACCAUCUAUGGCUGUAUCUCGCCCAACUGUCACCUUAUACAUGGUAUCCAUGAAGUCGAUGAUGACACACUCCCAUUCUCAAAUUCAUACUUUUUCUUAUGCCUUCAACUCUCACGUUCCCUGCCCGGCGAGUACUAUGCGUUCAUCAACACGUUCAUUAACUUUAAUGCAGAAUAAUAAUAAUAAAUAUCCCCCAGCAAUGAUGUACAAUCCAUUAUCUUGGAUAUAGGAAAGAAAGUAACAUUUUAAGGUGCCUUACAACACCAAGACCGUUGACAUGUAUUUACUGAACGGGUAUGUUUGGAAAAUGAUAGAGUUGUGUUCCGUGAAGAAUGUCUGAAAUACUCUUCAAGAGGUGCUUUGGUACAUUGUGAUUUAUUUAAUUGGCACAUUGAUUGCAUUUUUUCUUUUUACCACAAUAUUAGCGUCUUUUUUUUCCAUUGUUUUUUUCAAAGUAUGGUAUCCACCGUUGUGACUGAUUGUACACUGACAUGCCGUAGAGGCAGUCAUAUUGGAAUGGUUCUCCUUCGAUCAAACCAUAGAAAUAUAAUUACUAGAACGGUUCUUGUAUUUCUGUGGUUCAAACACUCUUCCUCUGCAUACUUGACCUAGCCAUUCAAUGAUGUCUUAGCUGAGACUAGUUAUCGGGUCGUUUCCACUUCAAAAAGCACAAGGAGGAUUUUGACACCCACCAUCUCAGAUUGUGCUGAAAUCGUUUCUGUAGUUACAGAUAAGAUUUAGCAUUCCUGAAACAUAAUUUGAUCUCUAAGAAUUUAAGUUAAUUGAUUGCACCCAUAUUGUCUAUUUAAAAUAAUAGGAUUUAAAUAAUCUUCAAUAAAUAUAGUAACAUUUGACCAUAAUUCUUCCUACCAAUGAGUAAGACAUGAGGAAUCCAAUAGCCACCCACAUACCCCUCACACUCCUCCCCAAUUGCACCCCACAACCAGUAUACAGUAUCAGUUCUCUGUCUAGAAAGUAGUAUGGAGCUGCGGCUUGGAGUGUUGCUUCUUCAUCCUAUAAUGUAUUUCCUGUGAAUCUGGUGGGGGGGGGGUUCCCCCUGUUCAGAGAAAUUAGCCAUUUUGAAGUCGCUGGCAUUACCAUAAAUUAGUGAGUACCAGGUUUUUCCUACUAUAUGCUGCUGUUCCUGCUACUGCCACACCCUUUUAUCCAUGUUGCUGGUCUCUUGUGUUUAUUACAUGGGUCACAAAAUUGCCAUUAAAAUUUACUUUGCAACUUUGGGUAGAAAAACCAAUAGCUUUUGCUCAUGAUGAAACUAAAUUGUGGCCAUCCUCAUAAUUCAAGCCAGUCCUCCAUGAAAGCAAUUCAGGUUGUCCUUCUCUUCGGCAUAAUCUGUGUCCAGGAAACAGCCCCUCUGUGUGGUUUGUUCCCUUUAAAAAAAGGUCUGGAUUAGUUUGACCAUUCCUGGUGAAUAAACAAACCAUUAGGCUACAGCAGUUCUAAUGGGUUCAAUGGGAAAAGUCCCAAACACACACUGUAUAGUAUUUUGCAAUGGUGUUGGGUUUAAUGGUACAAGUUGCUAAUCACACAACAUAUAUUUUCAAAUAAUUAUAGUAAAAAAACGUACAACUGCCAUGCAAUAGUUUAUGAUUUUGUUAGGGUUUUUGUCACAUUUUAGUCACUAGCCCAUUUCUUCAGAGUUUUGGGCUUAUAGGAAAAGUUUUAAUGAGAAUUGCACCAUAGGUGUUGCCCACUCAGCUGCCAUUUGUUGGGUUGAAUCAUUAGGCUGCUAAGACAAAGACUAACUGAAUUGCUUUCAUGGAUGACUGUCUUGUCUUGUGAGGAUGACCACACAAUGUAUCAAAAGCUAUUGGUUUUCUACCCAAAGUUGCAAAGAAAAUGUUGCAAUCUGUUUAAUAAACACGAGACCAGCAACAUUUACAGAGGGGUGUCUCAGUAGUAGGAACAGCAACUUCAAGUUGACAACCUGCUACUUUCAGACUAAUAUUUGGUAAAUAAUGCAAGUGAUUUCAAAUGGCAAAUUUCUCUGAAUGGGGGGGACACCUGAUUCAGAGGAAAUACGUUACAAGCCGCAGCUCCAUACUACUUGUUAGACAGAACUGAUGCUGUAUACUGACCAUUGGUGUGGGGGUCCUUGGGUGGCGUUUGAUAGGAAAACCUUUGGUCCAAGUAAGAUGUUGGGUACUAUAUUUAUUUAUUGAAUAUUAUGUGAAUCCUGUAAAUUACAAGGGCCAAUUUGGAUGCAAUCAAUUAGCUUCAUUUCUCAAAUAAAAUGUCAAGAAAAUGAUGUUGCAGGAAUGGAAAUCUUAUGUUUCAAAAAGAAACAUACAGAACAUACAGAAAUGGCUUGCUGAAAUGACAUGGAAUGCGUAUCUAAAGUUCUAAUCAAUUCUUUAGGUGUGACCAUGUUCAUCGCAGUUAUGUAUGGGAAUGUGCAAAACAGUGGGGUUUUAUUGAAAACCGGUUUUAUAGAUCCAAAUUUUACGGUCAAUCUUUCUGAACAGAAUUUACGAAAAUUAGAUGACGUUCACAUCUAAUUUUUAUCAUUCUGUACCAAAUUGACAAAAUAUUUUAUUACCACGACCACAAAUGCAGUAUUUUCCAAAUCGUAUUGUCUAUGGCUGUGUAUAUAGUUAUUUUAAAAGGCCACACAAAAUGCCAAGUAUAUUCUAUUCUAAAGCCCUUUUUAAGUGGUCUCAUUUGGAGUGGUUUUUACAAUUGUAAGUGUACUAAACACAUCACAAUACUUUUAUUCUAUUGCCGUUCAAAAAAGCCGGUUUCAUUUUUCUAAGAGCUUUUGUUCUCUCAUUUUGCAUUGCAGUAAUUUUAAGACUGAUUCAUGACAUGUCUAAAGGUCUUGGCAUCCAUUUCAAUUUUGUAACAUUGGAUGUCCUCUUGAUCAAUGUUAAAUAAAUACAUUUUCAUUCUUUAC